AGGGUUGAUACAUGCGUGAAGAAAAAUUGACGAGAUGGAAGGAGGGAAACGAGGGGCGAUUCUGAUAACCAACGACGACGGAAUCGAUGCCCCUGGCUUAAGAGCUUUGGUUCAUUCGCUGGUGAACACUAAUCUCUUCAACGUUCUAGUUUGCGCUCCCGAUAGUGAGAAGUCAGCAGUUAGUCACAGCAUCACCUGGCUCCAUCCAAUCGCUGCCAAGCAAGUAAACAUCGAAGGCACAAUCGCCUUUGCCGUUUCUGGCACUCCCGCCGAUUGCACUUCUCUCGGAAUUUCCAAAGCACUCUUUCCUACGGUGCCUGAUCUGGUAGUCAGUGGCAUAAACAAGGGUAGCAACUGCGGUUAUCACAUUGUAUACUCAGGCACUGUAGCUGGAGCUCGAGAGGCCUUCUUCAAUGAUAUACCUUCUAUCUCCAUUUCAUAUGACUGGGUUAAAGGAAAGAGUGACAUACAUGACUUCACCCUUGCUGCACAAGUAUGCAUACCUAUCAUAAGUGCUGUACUUGUUGAGAUAAAGAAUCAAAGCUACCCUAACAGAUGUUUUUUGAAUAUAGAUGUGCCAAACAAUGUUGCUAGCCAUAAGGGUUACAAGCUGACCAAGCAGGGUAAAAGCAUCGUCAAGAUGGGAUGGAGGCAAGUCACCUCUGAGAUAGAAGGACGGAAAAUGUCAUCUGAUAUGACCAAUAAUACAGAUACAGAAACACCAAAAAAUUUGGACUCAUCAUCUGAAUCGCCAGAACAUCUUUUAUUUGUGAGAGAGGUAAGAAGUUCUGUGCUUGAUCAUGAUGAUACGGACCACAGAUCUUUGCAGGAAGGAUAUAUUACUGUCACUCCUCUAGCAGCUCUCUCUAACGCGGAUGUAGAUUGUCAGGCCUAUUUUAAGAAUUGGCUACAAACUGUCCCUGAACUCCCCUCUUCAUCAGCUUUAUAAUGUUGUAAGACCAAUCAUGUAUCUGUAUUUUAUAUAACAGCUUUGAUUGCUAUAUAUUGCUAGCAAUAGCUGCAUUUACAUUUUUGGCGCACUUGCUAGUUAAGAAUGAUUAUUCAUCUGAGAUGCAUGCAAUGCCUAUGUACUUGAGGGACAGUCAUAUAUUAUAGGUACUUGAGUGACAGUUAUUGAUUCAUGGCUUUUAUGUCAUUCCAUGUCAAUUCAAUUACUACCAAGAGUCCGUUUGAUAUCCCUAGGAGUGAAAAUAUUUGAAUGGGUUUUUUCAUGCAACUUUAUUAAGGGCAUUGACCCUAAAUUUGCAUCAUCAAUGGCAACUUUUCUUGUCA